UGUCACGCGGUUUUAUGCUUCAGUCGUCAUCUACUUCGCUAUUGCUAUCCGCACUAUGGAUCAGACAAUCUUACUUUCGUUAUGUUUAAUUUUUUCGUGUUUUCUAUUCUUGUUAAAAAAUUACAGACGCUCUUCAAAGCUUCCUCCAGGCCCCAGAGGAAUACCGAUUUUCGGCAAUCUUUUCCUCAUAAAAAGAUUAAGUAGAGCUCAUGGAGGCCUUCAUCGAGCUUUCCAACAGAUCUCCAGGGAGCAAAAAUCCUCGAUUUUGGGGUUGCACUUCGGCUCCUCUUUGGUGGUAGUGCUCUUCGGGAGAAAAUAUAUGAAAAUGAUAAUGUCAGAGGAGGCAUUUCAAGGAAGACCGGACAAUCUGUUCACUCGUUUGCGAACAAUGGGUGAACGUAGAGGAAUCACCAUUUUAGACGGUCCCGUUUUCCACGAGCAGAGGAAAUUUGCUGUGAGGCAUUUGAGCCAACUUGGAUUUCAAAAAAACGAAAUGAAAGCUUUCAUUCAAAUGGAGCUGAAACAUUUUCUCGAUUUUUUGAAGCCGAGGGAAGGAAAUGUGUGCAUCAAUCCGUUGUUAACAUCAGCAGUUCUGAAUGUUAUUUGGACCUUUGUCGCGGACCGCAGAUUUUCAUAUGAUGAUCCCUUUCUCAACGACUGGUUUGACCUAUUUAACAGGCGAGGGAAGGUUUUUGAUUUAUCCGGUGGACUACUAUCACAGUUUCCCUGGAUCAGGUUUCUGGCACCAGAAAAAUCGGGCUACAAUCUAAUCUUGAAAAUAAACGCUGAGCUGAAAAAAUUCAUGGAUACAGAAAUUGAGCGACAUAAAGCUAACGAAUCUACGGAGCCAAGAGAUUUUAUCGACGUAUAUCUCCGAGAGAUCAAAGCGGCUGGUCCAGAUUCUCCUGUUUUCAACGAGGACCAAUUGAUUGCUGUUUGUUUGGACUUUUUCAUUGCUGGUCUGCACACAACAAGUGACUCAUUAACUUUUGCUUUGAUUGCAAUGGUUAAGUUUCCAGAAGUUCAAACUAAAGUUCAGAAAUGUCUGGAUGAAGUGCUUAGCGUUGACGAAAUCCCUCAUUACGAUGACAGGCAACGGUUACCGUACAUCGAGGCUGUCCUCCUGGAGUCAAUGCGGUAUACACACGUUGUGCCGUUCAUAGGCCCGCGGCGUGUGAUGCAAGAUGUAGUGGUUGAUGGAUACCGCAUACCGAAGAACACCCUUGUUUUUGGGGAUCUUGACGAGUACUAUCGCAGCCAGGAUUCUUGGGGUGAUCCGGAAAAUUUCAGACCAGAACGUUUUAUACGAAAAAAUGGAGAAGUGAUUUCUGAAGACAAACAUUUCUUCUUUGGACGAGGAGCUAGGAGUUGCAUAGGAAACGUGCUGGCAAAGCAGUUUGUCUUUACAUUCUUCUGCGGCAUUUUGAAGAAGUACAAACUGUCACUGGCACCCUCGAGCAAGAUGCCCGGUGAAAUCCCCGGAAUCACCACGAAACCAGAGCCAUUUUUUGUUUCGAUGACACAAAGAGGUCGUUAGUAAAUGAAAUUCAUUUUCAUUCAGAAGAACUUUACUAAAGUCUGGUUUUUACGAAAUUCCCAUCGCAAAAUUGAGAAAUGAUACGAGGAUUGACUGGUGUAAAAGCUGCGUCUCCUAGUUACUCACUUGAAAAUGGAAUGUUUCCCCUCUCUUUUUAUCCUUUAAAUUUAAAUUUUCCUACGUAGCUCCUUUUUGAACUUUUAUACCAUGAUGAUAAAGUUUAUAGUAGCUAUUUCAAGACCAAUUUUUCUUGUGUUUUUUGUAGGUAAUUUUUCAUUUUCAGGCUUUCAUUUUUAAAAAUC